GUAAAGUCUUUAUCCGUAGCCACAAGCAUGGAUCGUGGAUGUGAAAGGUACCACCACUUAAAUCAGCCACUUCGAGGUCUUGAACGGGCACCCUCAACUGAAAAUCGAAGCUCAUCCUGAGGGGAGCAGAGCAAAUUCGAGGCAUUUCCACCGUGGGAUCAACCGUCGUGUAUGGCAGGGGAUAUAUCAAGGACUCGCCGGACUCGAGUGGUGCCCAGGAGCUAUGAUCACCAGUUGUCAAGUUCUAUGGGACCCUCGCACUUCUUCAAGAUCAUACUCCCCUCUACCAUUGACGACAAGAAAUUGAUGAUCCCGGAAAAGUUUGUAAGGGAAUUUGGGGAUGAAUUGUCUGCUCUUGCUACGCUUACUGCUCCAAAUGGUCAUUUUUGGCAAGUGGGAUUGGAAAAAGCCGACAAGAAGAUUUGGUUCCAUGAUGGUUGGCAGGAUUUUAUGGAAUACCAUUCUAUUCAUUAUGGGUACUUUGUAGUCUUCAGAUUCGAAGGAAAUUCAAAAUUCCAUGUUCUUGUAUUUGAUAAUACUGCAACUGAGAUUGAGUAUCCACUGAGCAAGAGUUGUAAAUUGGAAGAUGAGGUGGACAUAGUGGAAUUAGAUGAUACAAAAAAGUCAAGGAAUGACAUGUUGAGCGAAAAUAAAAUACUUAACUCAGAAAAGCUGUCCGCAGACCAUGAAGUAGAUAGAGGAACGGAUGUCAGUGAAUCUUCUGGCACGUGUUCAGAAGGAAGACUCAUGAAGAUUAGGAGAAGAGAGAGAGCAAUCCAAGCAGCAAUAAUGUUCAAGCCUAAAAACCCAUCAUUCAUGACCAUCUUGCCGCAUCAUAAGAUACAAAAACCUUUUUUGUAUGUGCCUGCUAGAUUUGCUAUUAAGUAUCUUACCGAGCGUGAUCAGUAUGUCAAACUUCAGACCUCUGCUGGGAAACAAUGGCACGCCCGGUGCUAUGACCAUGGUCCUUCAAGCUCAGGAAAGAAUAUAGGGAAGGGAUGGACUAAGUUUAAAAGGGACAAUAAUUUAGAAGAAGGAGAUGUGUGUGUCUUUGAGCUGAUCCAGAGGAAGCCUUUUGUGCUUAACGUCUCAAUAUUUCACGUGGUUGACUAAGCUGUGAACUAAAUGUAAGUUAAAAUUCAUGUGCACCAUGAAGUUACAUGUCAUUGCUUCAUUGUUGUUCAGCAAAAAAUAUGAAACCUCAAUGCUCAAUCCAAGUUGUCCAAGAAUUAAUACUUUU